UUAUCAAAUUUUAUUCUUUCUGGCACUGAACUUAUCUUUCACUUUUAAUUUUAGUUUAAAGCAUUCUAAAUGCUAUUUUGUUGUAGAGACAUGUUCUUAAGCAACUGCAAGAGAUAUUUCCUGCACUAGGACCUCCACCUCUGAACUAUUGAAGUUUUGAUUCAUUAAAUUGUAUCUUGUUUCAUCUUCUCUAAACCAUUUAGAUUAGGGACGACAUGAGAAUUCAUAAACAUGCCGUGGAUCUUACAAAUCUCUUUUCUCUUCUUCCUUACCUAUUUAUAAGCAUUACUCAUAGCAAUGUUUAUGGCGAAAACCGAUAUCUUAUCCUCUCAAAUCUUGCUUCUAAUGUAUCGGCAAACGGGGGUUUUGUUACUGCAACUAUUGGCCAAGACACCAACAAAGUUUACGCUCUUGCAAAUUUCAAUGGUGAUUAUUCUCUAGAAACUUGUUUCAGAUGUGUCAAUGCCUCAACCCAACAUCUUAUAACUAACUGUCCCAACCAAAAAGAGGCACUUUCAUGGGGAGGAGAUAACAUUCCGUGCAUUGUACGCUAUGCGAACCGCUCUUUUUUUGGACUACAGGAGCUUGACCCCCUUGAAGCUGGCUAUAAUACGGGUAAUAUCACUAAGAAUCUGACACAGUUUGAUCAGACGUGGGAAGGUUUAAUGGACCGCUUAGCCACAAAAACUUCUACAGGUUCUUUUAAGCUCAAGUUUGCAACUGAAGAAGCUAAUUUGACUUACUUUGAGAAGAUAUACGCAUUAAUGAUGUGUACUUCAGACUUAUCACAGAGUAAUUGUGACUACUGCCUACGGCAAUCUAUAUUAGAGUAUAAGAAUUGUUGUCAUGGGCAUCGAGGAGGUUUCGUUCAGAGGCCUAUCUUUUUUCGAUGGGAUUUGUAUCCCUUUUAUGAAUCUAAAGUAGAUGCUCCAUCGCCAUCUCCACCACCACCACCUAGUAUUUCCCCUCCGGAGAUAUCUAUGACAACUCCUGCAGGAUAUUUCUUUGUAAAAAGAGGAGGCAUUGAAGCUGUAACUGUUGGAAUUAUUGUUCUCUCUAUAAUUAUCUUCAUAUCCCUUGUUGCUUUCACUUGUGUCCUUUUGAGGAGGAGAAAGGCAAAGCAUGAGAAAAUCAAAAAGCAAAAAUUACAAGAUCCAAUCAAGCGAUUAUUAUUAGAUUGGGAAAAACGAUGCAAAAUCAUUGUAGGUAUAGCUCAAGGAAUUCUAUACCUUCAUGAAGAUUCAAGAAUAAAAAUCAUUCAUCGCGACUUGAAAGCGAGCAAUAUACUUUUAGAUGCAGAUAUGAAUCCAAAAAUUUCAGAUUUUGGAAUGGCAAAAUUAUUUGAAAUGGACCAAACUCGAGGUGAUACAAGUAAAAUUGUUGGAACUUUUGGGUAUAUGGCUCCUGAAUAUGUAAUGCAUGGACAACUCUCAGUGAAGUUAGAUGUUUUCAGCUUUGGCGUGUUAGUCUUGGAAAUCAUUAGUGGCCAUAAGAACACUAGUUUUUGUAAUGGAGAAGAGGGAGAGGACCUGCUAACUUAUGCAUGGAGAAAUUGGAAAGAAGGGACAGCUUUCAAUAUUAUUGAUCCCAUUUUGCGAGGUCGUUCCAGUAGUGAAAUAAUGAGAUCUAUUCAUAUUGGAUUACUAUGUGUUCAAACAAAUAAAGCUGAUAGACCAACCAUGACUUCAGUUGUUCUCAUGCUUACUAGCGGCUCUGUCUCUCUCUCGGUGCCUUCAAAACCUGCAUUUUAUCUGUACACAACCGCGGGGCAGGAUGAUCCAAGUAUCACUUUACGUGGUAGAUCAAAAAUCAAUAAUGUCCAAUUUACAGUGAAUGAAGCUUCAAUUACCGAGUUGGAACCUCGAUAAGAUAUAAGGAUGCUGGAUCUUUAAGCUUGUUAGUACUCUACGUUUGAGUUUCAAUAAUUUUUGUAAGCAGCUAGACAGUAGCAGAAUACCAGCAUUCCUGUGAUUUUGAUCUGGAAUAAUAUUCUUUUUUCUGAAAACACU